AGGUCUGAAUCAGCCAUGAAGAUUGAUUUUGCUCCGGGAAAUGUACCUGUGGAUAGGAGGAUUCAGACAGCUGCCGUUCUGCAGUGGGUCUUCUCUUUUCUAGCCCUUGCCCCAUGCUGUGCUGUAUUGUUUGUCUACUUGUUCUUCACCCGUUUCUGGCUCAUAAGUGCACUUUAUGCCACCUGGUGGUACAUCGAUUGGGACACACCUUCACAAGGAGGUAGAAAAGUGCCCUUACUUUGCCGAAUGCCUGUAUGGGAGUACUUGAGAGAUUAUUUCCCUAUAAAGCUGGUGAAGACAGCAGAUCUGGACCCCAGGCUGAACUAUGUGCUGGGUUUUCAUCCCCAUGGUAUUCUUGUGGCUGGUGCAUUCACUAAUUUCUGCACAGAAGCGACAGGCUUCAGUAAACUCUUCCCUGGGCUGAAGAGCAACCUUCUCAUGCUGCCUCUUUGGUUCAGAGUGCCCUUCUUUAGAGACUAUAUUAUGUAUGCAGGCCUGGUUUCAUCAGACAAGGAGAGUGCCAAGUAUCUGCUCCGGCGGAAAGGGGGUGGGAGCGCUGUGAUCAUUGCAGUUGGCGGAGCACCUGAGGCUUUGGAUGCCCAUCCUGGUGAACACACCGUUCACUUAGCCAAUAAGAAGGGCUUUAUUAAACUUGCACUAGAGCAUGGUGCCCAUUUGGUUCCUAUAUAUUCUUUUGGAGAGAACGAGCUAUUUGACCAGGUGGAGAAUCCUCGUGGCACCUGGCUACGAUAUAUCCAAGAGCGUCUUCAGGCUAUCAUGGGUGUUUCUUUGCCCCUUUUUCAUGCACGAGGAGUUUUCCAGUACAGUUUUGGCCUAAUACCCUACAGAAAGCCCAUCAACACUGUUGUGGGUCGGCCAAUCAAGGUAGAGAAAAACGAGAAACCCACAGAAGAAGAUUUGAACACUCUUCACCAGCUCUAUAUGGAUGAACUCAACCUCCUGUUCGAGGAACACAAAGAAAAUUAUGGAGUACCGGAAGACUCUCAUCUGGUGUUUCUCUGAGCUGACAGCAUCACUCAAGUGACUCUAAGAGUGUGUGUAACUUGUGUGUGUUUGUAAGAGAGAGAAGAACAGAGAGAACGUGUGUGUAAGGACAUUUUGUAUGAUUGUAAUGCUAAUAAGGCGGUCUACUGGUUAUUUCCUCAUACUGUAAAUGAUAAAUUACAAUUAAAAUCAUUGUAUGGACAAGAUUUCAUUUAUAAUUUACUGCAGGUCUUGGCUCCACAUGUGCUUUAGUUUUUACUACAGUAAAUAUGUUUUACUUUUAUACCU